AUGGAAACAGCAGAUCUGACUGUAGUGCAGCAUAAUAUCACCGACUACUUGUGGUUCGGCAAUAUCACCCAAAACAAUCCAGGACUGCGUCAUCAAGUACUGCCUAUGAUGGGAUAUUACCAGCCGUUAUGGCUGCAAAUUAUACUGGCUAUAUUAUAUGCCUGCACCUCUAUACUUUCAGUUGUCGGCAAUCUUGUCGUAUGUUACAUAGUACUUGGAAAUCGACGUAUGCGUACGGUGACCAACUAUUUCAUCGUCAACCUGGCAAUCAGUGACAUUCUCAUGGCUGUAUUGUGCGUUAAUCUCACGUUUUACUACAGUAUCAAUUUUCACUGGCCGUUUGGAUUUGUUAUGUGUGCAUUGGUUCAGUUCGUACAAAUGGUAUCCGUCUCGAUCAGUAUAUUUACAUUGGUUGCUAUUAGCCUAGACCGCUACGUCGCGAUUAUACAUCCUCUCCGACCAAGAAUGACAAAGAAACAGGCUUGCGUCGUCAUUAUCACAAUCUGGGUCCUGGCAGCUAGUAUUAGCCUUCCUGCUGGUAUCAACAGUGAAAUAGACAUCCCAGCAAAUUCGUCUCUCAUCGGCUGCACGGAAAAGUGGCAGACGGAUAAGCAGCGAUCAGUUUAUACAAUCACCCUGAUGAUCUUACAGUAUUUUUUGCCACUGGUGAUACUUUCUAUCACGUAUUCCAUCAUUGGAUAUGCUAUUUGGGGUCGAAAACCACCGGGAGAGAGGGAGAGACACCGAGAUGCCAGACAAGCGGAAUCCAAGAAAAAGCUUGUCAAGAUGUUCGCCCUGAUAGUGUUGAUAUUUGCUUUGUGUUAUUUACCUAUUCACACUUUCAACUUACUGUUGGACUAUGAACCUGAUGUUGGAUUUUUCCGCUACAUAAAAUUGGUAUACUUCGCCGUACAUUGGACAGCAAUGAGUAAUUGUAUCUACAACCCAUUUGUGUAUUGCUGGAUGAAUGCCAAGUUCAGAGACGGAUUCAAAUACGUGUUCAGAUUCUUGCCAUGUGUUCACUACAUUCCCAAGGAUAAGUUUCCCGUCAAGAGGGUAAACACUUGUACAACUCACGUAGGAAGUUUCAAGAUGAACUUAUUGAGAGAAAACGCAUUAUCACCAUACGUCAACGGUAGAGCCAGGGGCAUGCGCUACUAA